AUGGUCUCAUUAUUCUUUGAACGAGUUCUUCGAUGCACUUCAAUGAACAAUUCAACAGGAAAAUCAAAAUUGCCACUCAAAAAAUACACAGCUGCCGUGGGGCUACAAUUUAUUUUGUCAGGUAACGAGAGUGACGACAAAUUUAUGCGGUACAGUCUCUUCUCGGGAUACAAAAUUUUGGUACACGAGCCUGAUAUGUCAGUGCUCUCUUUGCGUUCUGGAUUUCAAAUAAGUUAUGGUGAACAAGUAGAAAUCGCUGUAGACGUCAUCAAAAAAAUAAAUAAUUUGUCCAAGAUUAACCGAAUGAAAUCUCCUCACGGCAUUUGUGACAACAGUUCAGGUUACAAUCCGAUCAAAUGCGAGCUGGAAUGUCUGGCUCGAGAAGUUGUCAGUUCAUGUGGCUGCAGACCCAUUUUUAUAGAAGGAGGUGGUAACGUCUCAAUUUGUGAUUAUUAUCAAGAACAAAUAUGUGGCACAUCUGUCUACCUUCAAUAUUAUGCCAACGUAUCGCACAAGGAUAACUGCUUUUGUCCUCCAAUGUGCCACGAGAUAACCUAUAAAGUUUCUGUGGACAGGUCAAAAAUUUCCGAAAGUUUUUUAUCCUCAAACAAAAACGAAAUGAAAUCCAAUUAUGUAAAAUUUUUAACUAAGAAUGAUAUUCACGCGAGAGUAUAUUUCAGGGACAUGCAGUACACAGAAAUUUCGACGCUGGAGGAAUACUCGGCAACAGCCCUGCUUAGUGAUCUGGGUGGAGCAUUGGGUCUCUUCUUGGGCGCAACAUUUUUGACAAUUGUCGAGAUUAUGGAUAUGUUGUGGGAUCUCUUCUUUCAUACGUAUUUGAAAAUUAUAAAAAAAAGUACAAUUAGCUCAGCUCUAGAAUAUGAUCCGAAUGAAUUGCCUGUCGUUAAUUAUUUGCCAAUUACUGGUAAGGUUACUGAUUGUGAUGAAGCUAUCAAGAAGGAUCUUAGCACAGACCAACUGUACUUUUUGAAAGCAUGUCUAGCAGUACAGCGUGGACGUCAGGCUUCUACAGAUAUUGAUUUCCUCGAGAAGAGUUUACCUGGAAAUAUAACGAAAGCCAACAGGAUUUUGCGUCUCUACAUGUCUAGAGAAGUGGCAUCUGAACCUCUCAGAAGAGUAACGCAUUUCAUUUUGAACUUUACGGACCCUCUUGGUUCAAAAUUAAAUCAAAUUCUUCUUGCCAAAAUGCCCGAUGUUCCAUGUCAUUCACAGGCAGUAGAGAGAACAAUUAAAGAUCUUAGCGCUGCCAGCUGUAGAGUUUAUGGGAGAAAGUCCCGUCAUGGCAUGGUGUUACAGAGUAAGAAAUCCAGAUUAGAGAUACCAAAAAUAGACAGCAAGAAAGAUUUUUUAACAGACAUUUAUACAGCGCCAAUUAAAUUAUUAUCUCAAAGGCGCCAUCAUAAAUAA